AGUUCCUAGGAUAAAAUUCAGCAUGCACCACAAUUAGACAUUUCAAAUUUUCAUAUAUAGUUAAGGUAGUUUGCAUUUGUAUACACCACCAACUUAUAACUACACUAUAAAACUACUAUCUCCCUCCCCUCCCCCUGCCCACCUCCUCCCCAACUCCACCAUGGAAGAAGAAGCCCCCUCACUCUCCACCACCACCACAAGCCCUCUCCUCCUCCACGAGCGGUGGCGCCACCACCUUCGCCUCAAAACCACGCUCUGCGCCGAGCUCUCCGGCGCAGUGGGUGACCUCGGCACCUACAUCCCCAUCAUCCUGGCCCUCACCCUCGUCUCCCACCUCGACCUCAGCACCACCCUCAUCUUCACCGCCCUUUAUAACUUCACCACCGGCCUCCUCUUCGGCAUCCCCAUGCCCGUCCAGCCCAUGAAGUCCAUUGCUGCCGUCGCAAUUUCCGAGUCCCCCCACCUCUCCCUCCCCCAAAUCGCCGCCGCUGGUCUGUCCACCGCCGGCGUCCUCCUCCUCCUCGGGGCCACCGGCCUCAUGUCUUUGCUCUACCGCUUCCUCCCCUUCCCCGUCGUCCGCGGCGUCCAGCUCUCUCAAGGCCUCUCCUUUGCCUUCACCGCCGUUAAGUACAUCCGCUUCAAUCAAGACCUCGCCGCCUCCAAAUCCACCUCCCCUCGGCCCUGGCUCGGCCUCGACGGCCUCCUCCUCGCCCUCUCUUCCCUUCUCUUCAUCGUCCUCGCCACCGGAGCCGGCGACGACGAUCACACUCACAAUCUCAGCACUGAAAACACAAUCAAUCGUCGCCGAUCACCACGACUUAAUCAACAGCUGAAAGUUUUAUCCCAAAUUCCUGCAGCUCUCGUAGUUUUCUUAUUUGGGCUGAUUUUGUGCUUUUUCCGCGACAUUUCAAUCUUGGGCGAUCUCAAAUUUGGGCCCUCUAAGAUAACCUUGUUGAAGAUUACAUGGGAAGAUUGGAAAAUUGGGUUUGUUCGCGGGGCAAUUCCCCAAAUCCCACUGUCAAUCUUAAACUCUGUGAUCGCCGUCUGCAAAUUAUCCGGCGAUCUGUUUCCAGACAGGGAGGCGUCAGCGAGGACGGUUUCGAUCAGCGUAGGGGUCAUGAACUUCGUCGGGUGUUGGUUCGGGGCAAUGCCUGUGUGCCAUGGAGCUGGAGGGCUUGCUGGACAGUACAGAUUUGGAGGGAGGAGCGGGGCUUCGGUUGUGUUUUUGGGGAUUGGGAAGUUGGUUUUGGCUCUGCUGUUUGGGAACUCAUUUGUGAGUAUUCUGAACCAGUUUCCGAUUGGGAUUCUUGGGGUGCUCUUGCUUUUUGCUGGGAUUGAAUUGGCUAUGGCUUCCAAGGAUAUGAACUCAAAGGAGGAGUCUUUUGUGAUGUUGGUUUGUGCUGCGGUUUCUUUGACUGGUUCUAGCUCUGCGUUGGGUUUUGGGUGUGGGAUUUUGUUGUUUUUGUUGCUCAAAUUGAGGGAGUUGGAGUUUUCUAGAGUUGGGUUUCUGAAAUCUAAGUCAGAAGAAUCAUCCAAAGAUGAUGAAGCUACUAGCUUGAUCCCUUGAGGUUUUGGGUUCGCCUGUUUUUGGUUCAAGUUAAAAGUGCUUUACAGAGGAAACUUCGAGCUCAUAUUGGUCAUGGGUUGAGAACGGGAAUUGAACUCUAUGAGAUCUAAUCUCCUGUUGUUCCUCAGUAGCUCAGUGGUAGAGGGGUCGGCUGUUAACGGACUGGUCGUAGGUUCAAAUCCUACUUGGGGAGAUUUUAUUCAUUCCGAAUUCUUUAAUUCGGAAUGACUUGAGAGGGGGAUUCACUGCAAAUACUAACUUGGCUCAUUAUUGCCGAGAUAAUGGUUUACUUCUUCACAUCCACACCGUGCAAUGCAUGCAGUUAUUAAUAGACAGAAGAAUCAUGCUAUACACUUUCGUUGCUUGGUAGUACUUCGUGCAAAUACUGCAAUGAGAGUUGGCUACAUGUAUUAUGUUGUUUAUUGAGCAGAGAUAAAUUAAUGAUACAAUAAAAAAGAGAAGAUGUAAUCAUGUAAAGCCUACAUGA